GUUUAGUAGUUUUUAUUAUUCGAUCGGGUUCGCACGCGCUUUUGUUCUUUUUUUCGUGUAAUUUUUCUCGAUCAUGUUUUAGUAUAUAAAUUAUCUGACUGUGAUUUCAUUGGUGUACAAAACAAUGCGUGUUAUUUGUGUAUUUGCUAUCAAUGUGCAGCACUCUCAACAUUUUUGUGAAACUUUUACUCUGAAUGAGAGGAAUGCAGGGAAAUAACAACAGCAAAAGGAACAAUAACAACAACGACAACAAAAACCACAAUUAUACGAAUUAAUCAAUACCAAUUAAUUGAAUGCUAUACGAUUUUUUUCUGAUUGAAAUCAUCCGCUUGUAUGUUAUAGCGGUGAUGAGAGCGUGUGUUGAAUUGCAGUGUAGAUGUUGUCGACAUGUUUUCACAAUUAAUCGAUAGUAUUUCGCAUAACAUUGCCACGAAUGCCUCCUAGUUCAAAAUUGUUAAAACAAUAACUGCCCUUCGUGUUGUGUGUUUGUGAUUUGUAAAAUUUAUCCAAAAGAUACGGUGUUGUUUUAAUUUCGAUUGACUAUUUAGAUAUAGUAAAAUUUAGUUGUCGACGAGAAAAUUCAUUGACAAUUUCAACCAAAUCAUUUCCGCCAGGCGAAUAAACCGUUUUCAUAACUUCAUGUGUACGAGUUAGAGUAACACAGUUCAGAAAUUUUUUGUUGGAGCGUUUACAUUGAGCGCGUGCAGAAUAGAGAAAACCAAGGAAUUCGCUGUCGAAAGAAUGUAAAAUUUUCGAUGAAAUUGGUUUUCGGUUGGAUUAUUGUGGUAAACCAUAGUCUGUACAUCCUACAGAUACACGAACGUGCCGAUGAAGUGCUCCUGAUUUUCGUCGUUUUCGUAAGGAGUAUGAGGAAUUUAUAUAGUAUUUAAAAAUUGUGUGUUCGUAAUGAAACCCUUUCGAAAGUGAUUUAGUGCAAAAAAGACGAAUAGAGUAAACAAGUGAUAAGUUUUUUUACGUGAACUAUUUAGUGGAUUGACGCUUUUGGAAACUAAACAAGCGCAACAAAUCCCUUCAAACAACACACAACUACUCAUUGAAUAAAAUACACACGAACACAAAACGAAUAAAAUGCUCAGUUUGAUUUUAUUGAGUAUUGGUUUGAUCAGUGCCAAUUUGCCAUAUAUCAACACAGUCAUCAUCGAUACGUCAAAUGAUGCCGAAUGCUUUGCACGAAUAUAUAAGGAGGCGAUGAUACCGCCAACGAAAGUGUUUCGAACGAGUGAAACGAAUUCGGUGCGUGUGUGCAAAGAGCUUUGCAUGUCAGAGGGUUCGAAAUGUCAAACUUUUGCGCUUGGCAUUAGCACGAUAGCCGGUGGAAAUGGCACAUGUCAACUGUCCGGCACCCGUAUUCCCGAGAAUGCCGGCCGAAGACCACGCGGUACCAUCUAUGAUCCCGAGUACAAUCUUUAUCAGCGCAAAGAAAAUUGCCGCAUUCAGAACAACGAAAUGCCACCAAAAGAAGAAGAAAUGCCCACGAUGAUAACAAUCCAAACUGAAAUGUCAAGUGAUCGUCCAGCGGUGCCAGUAAUAACAAUGAGCACAAGCGCAACAAAUGCAAAUGCAAAUACAAUGACAUCGAGUGCAAAUGAUGAUGUUAGUGGUGGUGAUCGCGUGCCAACGGUCCAAACAGCAGGCGAUACAUCGCCAAUGACAGAUUUCACCUCUUUGUCAUCGAUGAAUCCAAUGAGUACAAAUCCGAUGGGCACAAAUCCAUCGAUGCCAGAUGAAUCGGGUACCACAAUGCCCGGAAAUCAGCAAACAUCCAGUAAUCCGUCGAUAUUUUCGAGUAGCAGUGCUUCGGUUCCGACAACAAAUAUGUAUCCAAAUACAGUUGAUAGUACAAAGGGGCCUGGCAUUCCAUCAACUAUGAUAACAACUACAAUGGAUCGCUUUCCGUCUACAUCAACAACGUACGGAAGCAACACAAAUACCGACUUAUCUACAAAUGAAGUGAAACCUCAGACAUACCCACCGUCUAUUUUUACAAUGAUUAGCGGUGGGAGUAGUGGUAGUAGUAGCAAACCAGACGAAUUUACUUAUCCUUCACAAUACCACCACAAAUACAAUUUUUAUCACGAAAUGUACCCCUUUUAUACCUAUCCAACAAUCUAUGAAACAAAUUACCCAGCAAUACCAGGUAGCGGAGGCAGUGGUAGUGGUGUACAGACGUUUCCAACGAUUAGCUAUACACCGACCGUAGAUUACUACGGGACAACGCCAUCGAUGACAACAUAUGGAGGACAUCACGUACCAAACACUGCUUCCACAUACAUGGGCAACGGAUGGAGCAAUGCCGAUGAGAUGCAUCGACGCAAAAAUGGCGGAAGAUAUCCGGAUAGUUCUGGUUCAUAUCCAGAAGGUAAAUAUAAUGGAACGCGAGCACCAGCUUCUGUUCCACACAUUCGAACUUAUUUCAAUCCAGACGAUUACCUUACGAAUGCGAAUGCAAAAAAAAAACCAACGAGCGGCAUCGGCGGUAUCAGUGGCAGUGGUGACGUAAAUGGCGAAAACAACAAAUAUGACUAUCGACCAUCCACGACAUUGAGCCGGCGACCUUGCUUUAGACGCGCGUUGGCUGGAAAACGUGUAGCACCACAAUGGGUUCGGCGCACAUUAACGUGUGAACGAGUCGACGAUUGUCAAGCAGAAUGCGCGCUUGAGAAACGUUUCCCGUGUGAAGGUUUUAAUUAUCAACUCGAUCCCAGUGGACAAGGUCAAGGUAUUUGUGAAUUAAUUGACGUUCCACUGGCCGAAAUCGAUAUAUAUUCGAGUCCCAAUCGUCGUGAUGAGAAUCUUCUAUUCCACCCGGACUACGAUUACUAUGAGCGGGAUAGGAGCGCUUGUCGGCCAUCAUUUUGUAAAGACUGUGGCAGUGGUUCGGGCGGCAAGCCGUAUUUACCAAGGCCCGAUUCACAACCACCAACAAAAUACUUCCCUGAACCGCCUCCAUCAAGCUAUAAUGAUGGUGGUGAUCGUGAUCGUGAACGUGAUCACACUCCGCACUCCGGUGGAAAGCCAUAUCUGCCCACACCACCUGACUACAAUACACCACCAACUACAUACCGCCCGAUCGAUAACUUCAAACCAUUCUCAGACUCAAGACCACCAUCACAUCAUAAUUCCGGCGGCGGAAACUACCAUGGCUCAGAUCGUUUCCAACCACCUUAUGAAAAUACAGCCAUCGAUAAGUACCGUCCAUUACCAUUCGAUUAUUAUGAGCACCAGCCGCCGCCUGAUGCAUUCGAAUACAAUCGCUAUGAUUCAAAAAGUCAUUUCUCAUCAUCGGCCUAUCGGCCGUCAAACUAUGAUUUGGACCGAUAUGAUAAUGUGAAGCCAAUCGAUCGUCCGAUUUAUUCCGAAAUCUCAAUUUAUAAUGAUCCACCGCCACAUUUUCCUAGGCCAAGCUAUUCACAGGACAACGAUUAUCAUCCACCGCGACGACCCCCACCAUCAUCAUCAUCCAAUGACUACUUGGGCCCAUACAAACCGCCAAAUGACUCUGGUUUCUCAUCGUUUGGCUACCGGCCAAAGAAACCCGAACACUUCCCGUCAUCGCACAACUAUUUGGACAGAGAACGUGAAUUGCCGCAGCCACCAAAUUACAAACCACAAAAACCACCUCAAUCACAGCCAUUCAUUCCGUAUACAAUCAAUAAAGAUGCCGGCUCAUGGGCAACUUAUGGUGGUACGUACGGUGGUGCACAACAUUACAAUCAUCAAUCACAAGAUUUCUGGGGAUUGUCAAACGAGAACAAACGAAACGAUGCAAACUUUAAUUAUUUCAAUUUGGGCAAUGGGCCGAAGAUAAAUCCAAACGAAAAUACGGUGCUUAGCUAUCCGGGUAGCAAAUAUGAUACCGGCUAUGAACAUGACAAGGAUAGAAAUUAUUAUGGCAGCCUUUGGACACGACGACCCGGUCAAGAAGAUUGUUCGGUGAAAUCAAGCGAAGGAUUCCGUUUGCACAAAGCCGUCAUUCGCUACGUAUACAAUGUGCCAACGGUAACUGAAUGCGAGCGAAUGUGCUACAGCGAACGAAAAUUCCGUUGCGUUACCUACAGUUAUAAAUACUCACCACAAACCAGGGAUAAUUGCCUGCUCUGCGAUCGUCCAAUGAGCCACUUGGAUUUCUAUACAGACGUCGAACCAAAUCGAGAUUACGACAUUUAUACAAUGUCAGACGAUCCACAAAUGUGCACAAAUCCAGUGGCCACACAUGGACGCCACGAAAAUAAUGCGCAAUGCUUUUUCAGAGCAAUUGACUUUACCAGAUUUUAUAAGUCAAUUGUUCGAGACUCGUUGACCGUGCGCUCCGUUGGAGAAUGUGAAAUGGAAUGCAUCAAAACCACAAAGUUUACAUGUCGUGCAUUUUCGUAUAGAUAUGGCCCGAAGACACCAGGAAGCAUCAUUGACAAUUGUCAACUUUCCGAUUGGCCUGUUCGUGAUAUGGAUAAAGAUCGGCAUUUGAUACAUGACAGUGCAUUUGAUGUGUACGAGCGAGCUAGCUACGGGCAUGGAUGUGAAAUUCAACCAAUCACCGAUGAUAAACAUAAAAAAUUGUGCUAUUUAGGAUAUGGUUCGCCGGCUAAACUGCUUUCAUCAGCUAUUAAAAAAGUGGUCUCAGUUCCAACCGAACUCGAUUGUAAAAACGAAUGUAUUCGUUUCCGAGAGAACUCACCAUUUAAAUGCCACUCAUUCAGUUUUGGUUCACAAGCCUCGACGUUCAAUUGUGAAAUGUCCGAUUUAGAUCAAAGCGAACUGAAAUUGAAUGUUCACUAUGCACAUACAAAUGAUCGUGACUAUUGGCUAUUUGCAUGGAAUCCAUUCGAUUUCACGUGUCGCGAUAAAGUGGCCACCGUCGGGGGCUCCAAUCGGGCGAAUAACGAUCGUCGCAUGGAUAUAUUCCGAGAGAAAGAUGGCGAAAACACGUGGAGCCAUUUUACGGUGUCUGGAAAAGCAUGUCGUAUGGGAUCAUCUUGCAACAAAAAUCUUGUAACGGGUUUCUAUUCCUGCGAAAUUGAUGGCGAUGAAGUCGGUGCAUGGGACUAUUGCUGCAAAUCUGACUAUCCAUGUGGAUACUCACAAGGAUUUGAUUAUCCAUGGUGUUUCGUUGGUGAGGGCCCAGAUCAGUGGAGAACGUGCAGCGAUCGAUAUUUCCCACUAAGUUCCAGCAGUAGUCAUGUGUCUAGCAGCAGCAGCAGCAGCAGCAGUAGUAGUAGCAGCAGUUCGAAUAAAAAGAAAACAUCGCCAAUUUCAUACACGAGUAAUAAGCGAAAAGGUACCAACAGCAACGACUCAUAUCAUCAACAGCCUCCACAGCCUGGUGGUUUGCAAAAUCUCGAAGACAUUGCAUCGGCUCGCCUAUGGCCUAUCACGUACCUUUAUAGCUCAGGACCGCCAAAUUCAACCGAAUUAAGCAAUUUCGUGGAUUGCAAUAAAGAGACAUGCUGAAAAAAAUAAUACAAUAAACCACUUGAUCUGUGAGAGCUAAUUUAAUAAAACAAAACAGGAUUUUUUCUUCAUAAAUUUCAAUUUGGUUUGAACAACAGUAACCACGAGAGAUUAUUCAUGUUUCUAAUGACAAAAAAAAAAAAAACUGGAGUAUUUAACAAAUUAGAUAUAGUAAUUUUCAUUUGUCCAAUGUCCACGAAUGUACCUUUAAUUUGACCCUAAUUCUAAAAACAAACAAACAAACAAAAAUAACUAAAUGCAACUACGAACGUAUUUUUAAUAUUUAAAUUAGCGCUAAGUGGAUUUUUAAUGAAAUAAACAAGAAAAUCAAUUCAAAUUGAUUGCAUCUCUACUAAAAUCGUAACAUUUCUCUGUUAGAACUACUGGUCAUUUUCAUCAUUGCAUUAAAAGAAACCAUUCCCCUAGUUUUGUAUUCAAUUUUUUUUUCCAUUUUGAAUAAAAAAAUAAAUAAAUAUGAAAAAUAAAUGAAAAA